GAAGAGCUGUCAAUGUAUUUACAUUUACUGGUGGUUGUCUCAACAUUGUGUUUCCAAACAUGGUUUUACACAAGGUGUGGUUGAAGAAAAGAGGAAUUACAUUGUGUAAAAUAUUGGCAAUCUUGACCUACACUGAGCAAAACACGCUGUUUUGACUAUUGCUGAAUUGGUUCGUUCAAAAUAACUAAAUGACAUUCUGUGAGUGAAAAACAUGGCAUGACACUGGUUUGGAAAGUUGUUGUCUCACAUUAUACCCCUUCAGUUGAUGUUGUUAUUACACAAAUGCAAUGCAUUUUKUAUGAACUUCUCCCCAUGUAUAUUAUAAUCCAUAAUCAUGGUUAUACACAGGGCGAUUUGACUUUCUUUACKAAAUAUUUGUCACGUAAAGUUGCAAGAAAGAUCCCAGCUCCCUCUGACCGCUGCUGUUGUUUCCAUGGAAACGACAACAUAACGCUGCGGCUAACCCGCUCAGCCCAGACUGUUAAACAGAGAGAUGUCUGAGGGAGAGGACGAUGCGGCGCUGUCGGAGGGAGAGGAGGRGGCGAAUGAGGACGGACAGGAGGAAAAUAUGUCCGAAAAAGAYGAACAGAUCGAGCCAUGCCCUCUGACCAAGGAAAUUCUGAUCCCGGGUCUGUCUCUUUUGUGUCGCACCGGGAACGGCCUGGCACACGCCUUCGUAAAGCUCGAACUGAAAGACAGACGUCUAACGGACAUGGCCCUGGUCAGCUCGUUUGUCCACCUGCGUUUCCUGGACGUGUCAUCCAACCACCUCUCUGACCUUUCACUGGCCGCCCUCACACAGCUGCUGUGGCUGAAGGGUGAUGGUAACAUGGUGGCCGUCAGAGGUCAGCCCCUGGGUCAGCUGACCUACCUACAGUGGCUGAGUCUGGCCCUGAACCGCCUCAGAGACCUGGAAGGCCUAGAAGGCCUCGCCCUGGAGAGCCUCAACCUCAUUGGUAACGGUAUCCAGAGGGUGUCUGUGUGUCGUUGCUAG